UUGGAAGAAAAAGAUUCGACAACUUAUUAAGGACCAAAAAUUACAAGCAGAAAUUUAUGCUUACUUGUGUGCUUCUUUACAAGCAGAGUCUGAAAUUCUUUUUUCUCGUUAUGUCCAGGAAUUGUCAAAAAAAUUAGAAGAAAUAAAUCCAGAAUUUCUACAAUAUUUUCAAAAUUACUACUUGAGUAGAAAAGAAAUUUGGGCAAAGUGUUAUAGGAAAGGGGAAUUUGGCCAUGUACAUACAAAUAUGUUUGUUGAAAGUUUCCACAAUCAACUAAAAACAGUAUUUUUUGAAGGUAAACGCAAUAGACGGAUUGAUGUUUUGAUUGAUACCCUCUUACAAAUUGAAAAAAAUCUAUUCAUGACACGUUUACGUCGUAUGAGAUUUAAUUUGCCCUCAGGAGAAAAUAUAGAUAAUGCUGAUCGUCAUCAAAAAAGUUUAGAUAUUGAUGACUCAAGUAUUUUACAAAUUAAUGACAAUUUUUUUACAGUAACAUCAUCAGAUUCUACAUAUGACAUCAGGAAACUAGUUGGCACAUGCAAUGAGUUGUAUUGUUUCAACAAGUGCAAAAAAUUUCCUUGUGUUAACCUGUGUAAACAUCUUUUUUCAUGUUCUUGCCCAGAUUACAAAAAUGGUCAUGUCUGUAAACAUUUGCACAAAAUACAUGCAGUUGUCAAUUUGAAUAUACAUACAAAUAAACCAUCUAAUACAGAUGUAGAUUUUACACCAGAACAACAUUUAACAGAUAAUGAUACGGGUACCUCAAUAUGUGUGCAGGAUUAUUCUGAUCAAAAGAUUCAACAGAUUGAAAAAAAAUUAAACAUAAUUGCUGAACAGAUUAGGAACAAUCCUUCAGUUAAAAAACACAGACUAGAUAAUAUUUUAUGUGCUUUAGACCAUAUCAUUUCCGCAAAUGAGGGUAGCAAUAAAAUUCACAAUUCUAUAAAGGAUUUCAAAAAGACAGAGAAGAUUUCUGCUAAUGCAAAAAAUUUAUUACAGCCUCGAUUUAGACUAACUUCUAAAAAGCCUGGUAGGAUUCCAAACCCCCAUUUUAAGAAACCAACUGUUGAGGAAAUGAGGAAUCUUCUCCCUAAUGACUCAGGAUCAUCUCAAGUCUCCCCAGUGCCUGUUUCCUUGCCUGGACCAUCUGUGGCACCAUAUCCUCCCCUAAGACUAGUUCCCCAAACAACAAACACACUUCCUACACAGCCACCACAGCAAAGUGUAUUCAGUGUUGGAACUGGAUUGGGUCAGCCAACAUGGAUGAGAGUACCACCCUCUAUGCUUGGAAGGAGGAUUGUUACCACCAUUAAUGGCAAGAAGCAGGUCAUUGUAUUCACAAAUGGAGGAGAAGGAAAUGAUGCAGCUGAGAAAGAUGGGGAGUAAAAUGGGGUUUAGAAAUUCCUUCAGAGUUACAUUUUAGGGGUAUAUAAGGAAUGUGAGUCACCAUGUCCUUCUGUCUAUCCAUCCAACUUA